CAAAAAUAGUGCAGAUAAAAAGAGUAAAGAAGCAAAAUUGUAUUUUUGUUAUACAGCCACGGAGAGCAACAUGAGUAAUACUGGAUCGGCCUCAAAUGCAAAUUGGUUAUAUGACAGUUCAGUAAAUUCAAAUGUUGAGGCAAAACUGAGACAAUUCUUGGUUGAGUUAGGAAAUGCUGAUAAAAUACUUGGAAUCCAGGUAUGUGCUUACAAAGAUGGGAAAGUAAUCAUUGAUACUGCAGCUGGAGUGCUUGGAAAAGAUGACCCACGACCCGUUCAGCCCGAUACCUUAUUUCCAUGUUUUUCUGUCACUAAGGGGGUCACAGCAGGAAUGGUACACUGGCUGGCUGAUAAAGGGAAACUCAAGCUUGAUGAAAAUGUUACAAACAUUUGGCCCGAGUUUGGUACAAAUGGAAAAGAUCAAAUAAAGGUUAAUCAUAUUCUUAAUCAUACGUCUGGUCUCCAUAAUGUUCUUGGUACCGUUGCUGAAGAUGAUCCAACAUUAUUUUGUAACUUUGACGAGUGUCUAAAACACAUUGUUGUGGCUGCACCCGAGACUGAACCUGGUCAUUUCCAGUUUUAUCAUUCGUUAUCAUAUGGUUGGCUAUGUGGAGGAAUCAUUGAGAAAGCAUCUGGGAAGAAGUUUCAAGAGAUUCUUGAGGAAGCUUUUGUUCGUCCCCUUAAUGUUGAAGGCGAGUUUUAUAUAGGCAUUCCACCCGGUGUGGAAUCUCGUCUUGCAACUGUUACAAUAGAUGCAGAUGUUAUAAGUUGGUAUGUCAAACUGAUCGAAACUAUAGACUUCGUGACUACCAAAAGCUCGUUCAGCUCGAUUUCCAACAUUGCCACGAUAUCCAACACCCUCAAUGUUCGUCGUGCCAUCAUACCAGCUGCAAAUGGACACUUUUCAGCUCGUGCAUUGGCUCGUUACUAUGCAACUCUCGUGGACGGUGGUGUAGGCCCACCACGCCAUUCCUCUUCCCUCCCACCACUCGGAAGCCACCCUCACAACCCCAUGUUUCCUUCCAAGAAAACUGAUGAAGUUGAGACUAAAAUCUUUAAUAACUCCAAAGAGAAAAUUCAUGACGCCUUCUUGGGACGUGGAGAUUAUAAGGAUUUAAUCCUUCCAAAUGGGAUGUUUGGGCUUGGGUUUAACACGGCUAAAACAACCGACGGUUCUAUAAUUGGGAUUAGUCAUGCGGGUUUUGGUGGAUCUACAGGAUACUGUGACAUAAACAAUCGUUUUGCGAUGAGUGUGACCUUCAAUAAGUUGCAUUCCGGGGAAUUGACAGGAGAGAUCGUUCGUUUUGUUUGCUCGGAACUUGAUCUUCCUGUACCACAAGAGUAUGCAGCAGGAUCACUAGUGUGAUCAAUUUAGAUGGGUUUGAUCAUCUAAUUAUUUAUACUAUUUCAUACCAUCUAUGUGAUCUAUUUAUAUAUUAUUUUUACAACUGAACUCUGGACAUGGUAUUGUUAUUUUUGUGAAGCAACGUUUGUUAAAUCA